AACGGAGCGUCAUACUCCGAUGAAGGCUUAUCUAGUGUUAUCGAUAUUAGUAUGGGGACGUGGGACAGGUGCUUCCUCGUUGUGCAGGUAUUGAUAGUGUGGACCUAUAAUACCGUCUCUGCAGUAGAACUGUGUGUGACAGAUAAUACGGGUGUACACUGUGGUGAUGGGAAUCAUGUACGCCUCACUAGGAUAUCAGGAAACGAGGUUGGACAUACUCAAAAGAUCGAGACUAAUGACAAACAGGGAAGCGUUACCCUGAAAACGCUCAACACCAAACCUCUAGUCCUUGAGGCGGACAACUUUCUGUCAGCGGAAGAAUGUGACUACUUCGUAAAGAUGGCUACAGAGGAAGGUCUCCAAGAAAGCGAGACUGUGCUCAACCAACCGGAAAGUCAGCGUUUCGUGCUCAGAGACCUUGACGGUAACCGGAAGCUGUCAGUUCGCGAGAUGAGACAUACUAUCCAAGGUAGCUUUGAUGUUUAUUUGGAUGAUGAAGAUAUAUUGAAAAUGUACAAAGAGACGGGACUGGAUAAGAACGGGGAUGAAAUGAUCACGGACGACGAGCUGAAAGGCUUCUCCCCCAUGAUGUUACGAAAAGAAAUAGAGAAAAUCUUGAAGACUUCUCCAGAAAAACAUUCCCGGAUGAGUAAACAAGUUUGGUUGUAUCCAGACAAGUCAAAAGACAAGGUGUUUGCCACUGUACAGAAACGAGUUGCGGCUAUUGUGGGGCUUCCUAUAGAAUUGAUUAAACUCAGCGAUUUUCAGGUUGUAUCUUAUGAUAUCAAGGGCCAUUAUAAUGCUCACUGGGAUUCGUCGCGUAUAGAAACAAAAGUCCCAUGUUGUACACGAGAACGUACCAAGCAGUGUCGCAUAUGUAGGUACAUGACGAUUCUAUUUUAUCUGAAUGACGUGGAAGGCGGAGGAGAGACGGCAUUUCCAGUGGCCAAUAAUGAAACACUGGAUUACAAGUCUAUGCUGGAGAAAGAAGUGAUAGAUUUAUACAGGAAAUGUGAAGAUUCCCCCCUUAGGGUGGCCCCUGCCAAGGGCAAGGCCAUUAUUUGGUACAAUCACUUUGUGGAUGAGGACACAGGCUGGUUAGGUCCUCUAGAUGAAUUCACAUUCCAUGGGGGAUGUCCUGUGAAAAGGGGAGUUAAGUGGAUAGCCAAUUUCUGGGUUAAAACUACAGAUCAGAAAAUGAAGGACUUGAAAAAGAUGCAAAAGUUUUACAAAGAAUCAACGAAAAAACAGCCUAAAAUUUCUAAAGAAGAAUUAUAAUGUCAACCAGAUGUGUUCAGUUUGUCCAUUGUUCAUUUUACUAAAAUUUAAUU